UGCGACCUCUUUUGCCCUAAUCCAAACACCUCUCCGCAUCGCGAAUACUCUUUUCCGCCCUGUCCUCUCGAGCGCUCCCGAAACCCUAGGCGUGACCUGAACCCAUGUCGGGGUCUUACGGAUCCGACGACUACCGCGGCGGCGGCCGAGGUGGCGGCGGAGGCGGCCGUGGGCGAGGAGGCGGCGGUGGUGGAGGAGGGUAUGGAAGUGGUGGUGGUGGAGGGUAUGUAGGCGGAGGGGGAGGCGGAGGGUACGGCGGCGGCGGCGGCGGGAGAGGUGGCGGCGGGGGCGGGGGGUUCGGUGGCGGCGGGAGAGGUGGAGGUGGCCGAGAUGGUGGCGGCCGCGGCCGCGGGGGAGGGCGCGAAGGCGACUGGGUUUGCCCUGACGCGAGCUGUGGCAACGUGAACUUUGCGAGGAGGACUGAGUGCAACAAGUGUGGGGCACCUUGCCCAAGUGGAGGUGGAGGUGGAGGCAGUGGCGGUGGGUAUAACAGGUCUGGUGGAGGUGGUGGAGGCUACAAUCGUGGUGGUGGUGAUUAUGGUUCUGGAGGAGGUGGCCACAACAGAGAUAGGGGGGAUUUCAAUUCCGGUGGCCGUGGUGGUAGUGGAGGAGGAGGGGGAAGAGGAGGAUAUAAUCGAAGUGGUGGUAUUGAUCGUGGUUUUGAUGACUACCGCGGUGGCAGAGGUGGUGGUUAUGGGGGACGAGACCAGGAGAACAACCAAAGGGGAGAUGAAGGUGGUUACAAUGCUGGUAGCUUUGGACAAACUCCUCCGCAAGGGCCUCCUUCCUAUGGUGGGCCUGCUGGUGACUAUGCAGCGCCUCCGAGCUCCUACGGUGGCAACAAUGCCUAUGGUUCAGAUUCUGCGGUGCCUCCUCCUAAUAGCUAUGGCGGUGGUCCAGGCUCAUACCCACCAAGCUAUGGUGCCCCACCUCCAAACCCAUAUAGUAGUGGUGCCCCAGGGGGCCAAGGGGGUUUGCCGCCUACAUAUGAUGGUGGGUACAGUGGUCGGUCCAUGCCUGGGGGUGGAGGUUCUGUUGGUGCACCACCACCUUAUCAUGGCAGCGGUGGCAGUUAUACUGGUAGUGCUGCCCCUGAGCCACCUUCGAAGGUUAAGCAGUGUGAUGCAAACUGUGAUGAGACAUGUGAUAACGCAAGGAUUUACAUCUCAAACUUGCCUCCUGAUGUCACUGUUGAGGAAUUACAGGAGUUAUUUGGAGGAAUUGGCAUGGUUGGGAGGAUCAAACAAAAACGUGGCUUCAAAGACCAGUGGCCCUGGAACAUAAAAAUCUAUACUGACGAGUCUGGAAAAGCCAAAGGAGAUGCUUGCCUUGCUUAUGAAGAUCCUUCUGCUGCUCAUUCAGCUGGUGGAUUCUAUAACAAUUAUGACAUGAGAGGCUACAAAAUCAGUGUUGUGAUGGCUGAAAAAUCAGCACCCAGAGCACCAUCUUAUGGUCAUGGUGGUGGUCGUGGUGGUGGCUAUGGUGGUGGACGCAGGGAUAAUUUCAGAGAUGGUGGUGGCCAUGGACCUAAUAGGAACCAGGGUGGUGGUUUGCGUUCGCGACCGUACUAAAAACAGCUAAUAUUGUUACUAAGAUUGUCUUCUGUGAGAAACCAUUUCUAUUCCUGUUCUACUAUGGAUUUGUACCUCUCAUACAGGCGCAUAAGAGGCAGCUGGAUAUAAGCUCCAAAUGCUGGUAGGUUUGAGAUGUUUCAGGUGAGUGCCGAACUGCUAUGAUUCUGUAAUGUUUUGCUUUCUUGGUGAUUGCUUACCUAUAUAUUUCUGCGUUUUCUCUUUGUUUAUCUAAUGCUUACAUUCCACGUGGUACCUCAGCCGGUGGAUCACACCUGUAAGCUUUGGAUUACGAUGUGAAGAACAGGUUGGGCGUUUUUGUACUGUGAUAGGUUUAUUAGACUCCGUAUAUAUUAGAUGCAUCAAUUACCCUACAUAGAUUGCUCCUCGUCCAUUGUUAUUCACCUGGCUGUGGAAUUGAAUUUAGAAUGUAGCGUGUAGCUAGUUUAGGUUCCCGCGGACCCCUGAUGUUGUAUAGGUGGUGUUUAGCAUAUUUGUUCCACUGGGUGAUAAUUACCAUCGGAAAGAGCAUAUUUUAGGUGUUUGUUCUA